CCUCGUACCAAUGACUGACGCCUGAUUGAGCCAAGCAAUGAGCAAAACCUGCGUUCCUGCGGCAGGGUGGAGUCAGGAUGCCGUCUCGUAUAAAGGUGAACUUUGCCCCAGUUAAAACCCCGCUUCCCUAACCCUCGACGAUGGACACGCCGACAAAGAAGAAGAUCGACGACGGUGCCCAGAUGGAGACGGCCUCGGGAGACGCGACGCCUGAGCCCAGCGGGGCCAUCUACAUUGACUGGGCCGAGGAUGACCCAGAGCAUCCCCAGAACUGGCCCACUCGACAAAAAUGGAUCUGCGCGUGCACCGUCAUGACCUUUUCCUUUGCCAGCGCGUCGAUGAGCGCAGGCUACGGCCAGGCCUACAAGGGCGUCAACAAAGACCUGGGACCGUACCCCUAUGUGGCCUAUGAGUCUGGCAUCACCGUCUAUCUUCUCGGCAUCGCCUUUGCGCCUCUUCUUCUCGCGCCUGUGUCUGAGAGCUUUGGACGGUGGCCGGUCAUGAUGGUGUCUGCCUUCUGCAACCUGGUGCUGUUCCUCGGCCAGACGCUGGCUCAGAAUCUGGAGACCAUCGUAGUCACACGGUUCAUUCAGGGCUGCGUCGGGUCUGUGGGCAACUCCAUGUCGGGGGGCUACUUUGCCGACAUGUUUCCGGCUGACCGUCGAGGCAUUGUCCUCAGCCUGUACGCUCUCUGUCUCUUUGCUGCACAAAGCUUCAGCCCAGUCUAUGCAAGCUGGGUGGCGCAGGAGCUCAGCUGGCGAUGGAUCUUUUGGAUCCAGAUGAUGGUCUGCGGCGUCUCCUUUAUCUGCUUUGCCCUCUUCCUCGGCGAGCCACGCGCUUCGGUGCUGCUCAAGAGACGUGCAAAGCGGCUGACCAAGGAGACGGGCAUCCCACACCGGACGCGUGCCGAUGACGAGGCCGUCGAUGCAAAGACGCUGCUCAAGAACUCGCUGGGCCGGCCGCUGCGCUACCUGCUGACAGAGCCCAUCAUCAUGUUCUACUCGCUCUGGAUCGGCUUCGGCUGGGCCUGCUCCUACCUGCUCCUCUCGGCCAUCCCCAUUGUCUUUUCGGCCUACGGCUGGAACACGGGCGAGCAGAACCUGCCCCAGCUGUGCACAUUCAUCGGCUGCUUCCUCAGCUUCGUCUUCAACAACGUCUUCCAGGAGCGACUCUACCGGCGCGAUGCCGCGCGGCGUGCCGACGGCACCAAGCCUGAGCCCGAGUCGCGCCUGUACGGCUGCAUGGUGGGCGCCAUUGCGUUUCCCGUGGGUGCCUUUAUCUUUGCGUGGACCGGCCGGCCGUGGCUGCACUGGAUCGGGCCGUGCAUAGGCCUCGUCAUCAUCAACUUUGGCAUCUUUUCCAUCUACCUCUCCGCCUACACCUACCUCGCCGAUGCCUACGAAGAGUACGCGUCGUCUGCGUUGGCUGCGCAGUCGUGCUUCCGCAACACGCUGGCCUCGAUCUUCCCCCUCGUGAGCAAGACGGCGUACGAGAGAAUGGGCACGCAGUGGGCCUCGACGAUGGUCGCAUGCAUCGCCCUUGUCCUCGGCCUGCUGCCCUUCAUUCUCAAGUGGCGCGGCGCCGAGAUCCGGGCGCGCAGCCCGGCGACCAUUGCCAUCGCUCGGGAAAAGGAGGAGCGCGAGCAGGCUCGUGCCAAAGGUGUAGCGUAGUGAUACUCUGGCCUGAUAGUGGACUGAAUAUAGACAUGAG